CAAAGUUUUGUGUUGCCUCUAAACUUUGAACUCAAGUCGGAGUCGGAGCCGCACUGUCGUAGCAAAGCUAUGGCGGAAGAAAACAGCCGCCGGAAGUGGAACCCUCACGCCGGUCCAUAUCUAGGAGAAGUCUCUUCUCUAGCUUUCCUCAAUCUUCCUCAACAUGUUUCUUCAAUUCCUUAUCUUCUCGCCGGUUCCGGUUCGGAGAUUCUGCUUUACGAUUUGAGUUCCGGGGAAUUGAUUCGAUCGUUUCAAGUGUUUGAGGGAGUUCGCGUCCAUGGAACUGUUUGUAGCAAAAGCUUUGUUCAUUCGGCGGAAAGAUAUACGUAUAAACUUGUAAUAUUUGGAGAGAAGAAAGUGAAGAUCUUUUCAUUGAUUGUUGAAUUAGCUUCGAGCUCUGGUGAAAUCUCCGUGAAUUUGGAAAAUUUUGAAUCUUUGCCUAGGCUUAGCAAUUGGGUCUUCGACGUUUGUUUCUUACAGGACUCUACUGGUUCGUUGGAAGAAGAAGAUAAGCUUCUAGCUAUUGGUUGUAGUGAUAAUUCCCUCAGCAUUUGGGAUGUUAAAGAAUCACGCAUGGCUUUUGAAAUUCAGUCACCAGAAAGGUGUCUACUGUAUACUAUGCGGUUAUGGGGCGACAGUAUUUCGACUCUCCGUAUUGCUUCCGGCACUAUUUUCAAUGAGAUCAUUGUUUGGAGGGCAGUUGGCCUUGAUGGUGACAAUGUCGACCAUGGGCAUUAUUCUGCUUCCCAUAUGCUUAGACUUACUGGACAUGAGGGUUCAAUAUUUCGCAUUGUCUGGUCUUUGGAUGGAUCAAAAAUAGUCUCCGUCUCUGAUGAUCGUAGUGCUAGGAUAUGGGAAAUUGACUCGCAGGAGGUCGUUGGCCCUGUGCUGUUUGGUCACAGUGUUAGGGUUUGGGACUGCUGCAUCUCAGAUUCUUUGAUUGUCACUGCUGGUGAGGACUGUACAUGCCGUGUCUGGGGCGUGGAUGGUACCCAGCUGGAAGUGAUAAAAGAACAUAUUGGAAGAGGCAUAUGGAGAUGUUUGUAUGAUCCGAACUCAUCCCUUCUUGUUACUGCUGGAUUUGACUCUGCAAUCAAAGUACAUCAAUUGCAUAAUCGUGGGUCUGAAACAUCGUUAGAUGCUGUAGGAGUGCUUAAUUCACCAGAUAAAUUGGAAUAUUUUUCAACCUGUCUCCCAAAUUCAACGAAGCAUACUGGUCUAACGGACAGCAAGAGUGAGUAUGUACGUUGCUUGCAGUUCACACAGGAAGAUACCAUUUAUGUGGCCACAAACCAUGGUUGCUUGUACCACGCAAGGUUAUUGUCAUCUGGAAAUGUAAGGUGGACUGAAUUAGUUCGCAUACCUGAAGAAGGGCCUAUUAUUACCAUGGAUGUCAUGUCUGGUGGAAAGGUACGCGAGUCUUGUGCAUUAGACGAUUGGGUUGCUCUUGGAGAUGGCAAAGGAAAUAUGACAAUUGUUCGGGUUAUUGGUGAUAUGUAUAACCCACAUGCUGGCUUGAAUCAAAGUUGGAAGGCUAGCCCAGAGAGACAACUUCUAGGGGCAUUCUGGUGCAAAUCAUUAGGCUAUAGGUUUGUUUUUUCUUGCAAUCCUAGAGGACUCUUGAAGCUAUGGAAACUAUCCGGUUCUUUAGAAUCUGCUGCUGAAACUUAUGAUGUCUCCCUCUUGGCUGAAUUCUCCUCUGGUUUUGGAAAGCGAAUAAUGUGUGUUGACGCAUCAGUAGAGGAUGAGGUGAUUCUGUGUGGAGAUUUACGUGGCAAUAUCACACUCUUUCCUCUGACAAAGGACAUGCUGCACGGAGUUUCUGUUUCUUCAGAAUUGAAGAUACCAUCACUAAAAUAUUUCAAAGGUGCCCAUGGGAUUUCAACUGUUUCCAGUCUUUCAGUUGCUAGAUUAACUUCGAACAAAGCUGAAAUAUGCUCGACUGGAGCAGAUGGUUGCAUAUGCUAUUUCGAAUAUGACAGAGAGAUGCAGACUUUAGAGUUCAUGGGUUUGAAACAACUGAAAGAAUUGAACUUAGUUCAAUCUGUUUGUCAAGGGGUGCAAUUUUCCGAAGACCAUCCAAACAAUGACUAUGCAGCCGGAUUUGCGUCAACAGAUUUCAUACUGUGGAAUUUAACAGCUGAAACAAAGGUUACACAAAUCUCAUGUGGUGGCUGGCGCCGACCCCAUUCCUUUUAUCUCGGGGAAAUCCCUGAGUGGCAAAACUGUUUUGCAUAUGUGAAGGAUGAUGUCAUUCAUAUUCAUAGACACUGGGUUGGAGGACAGAAGACCAAAGUCUUUCCUCUAAAUUUGCAUACACAGUUUCAUGGCAGAGAAUUGCAUUCCUUAUGCUUCAUCUCUACAGAUACAAAAGCGGGAUUCGAUUCUGAAGAAAGUAAAAUAUCUGAUCGGUCUAGUUGGAUUGCAACAGGGUGUGAAGAUGGAUCUGUGAGAUUGAGUAGGUAUGCAUCUGAGUUUGGAAAUUGGUCAACAUCAGAGCUUUUAGGAGAACAUGUUGGAGGCUCAGCUGUGAGAUCAGUUUGCUGCGUAUCAAAUAUGCACAUGAUGUCUUCGGACGUACCUAACUUACCAGACAUGUGCGAUCAAGACUAUGCAGUGGAUGAUUGCGAAAGUCCUCGCUUACUGAUUUCUGUUGGAGCCAAGCGUGUUGUAACCUCUUGGCUCCUAAGGAAUGGUAGACACAAGAAAAAGGGAGAAUCUUGUAUUAGUGAUAAUGGACACAAUAGAGCGUCAUCGGAAGUGUCUCCAGUGACGUUCCAAUGGCUUGCUACUGACAUGCCCACCAAAUAUCGUCCUUGUGGAAAGAUCGAGAAAUCUCCAAAACUGGAAGGAGUUGAAGAAGAUACUUCUGCCAACGUCACAAAGUUAGGAUCUAAUACGUAUAAUGAGCGAGAAAACUAUGAAGAUGACUGGAGAUACAUGGCUGCCACUGCAUUUCUUGUCAAAUGUGUUGGUUCUAGGCUAACUAUCUGUUUUAUCGCGGUGGCUUGUUCUGAUGCCACCCUUACCUUACGUGCUCUAGUCUUGCCACAUAGAUUAUGGUUUGAUGUUGCAUCCUUGGUUCCUCUAAAAUCUCCAGUUUUGUCAUUACAACACGCCGUUGUGCCUCUGGAUCCCCCUCAUGAAGGUAAUACACCAUAUAGUGAUGUUUAUCUGCUCAUCAGUGGGGCCACAGAUGGAAGCAUAGGCUUUUGGGAUGUAACUAAAUGUGUAGAAGCUUUUGUAAAGCAAGUAUCUAGCAUCCAUAUUGAGAAGUACAUUGAUUGUCAGUUACGACCACGGACUGGAAGAGGAAGUCAAGGUGGUAGGAAAUGGAAACUGUUAGGCUCCAAAAUUUCUAAGAGAGCCCAAGAGAACAGCAACUCAGUUGGUGAAGCUGCAGAAGAAGAUCCAGCCUCGUCUUUGGAACUCACAAAUGACCAUCCUCAGGAAAAUGGUAAAAACGAAGAUGCAGAUUCUCUUCCCGAGACAAGCGAGAUAAAGACUUCACAUGUUGUGAAGAAUGCUCAUCAAUCUGGAGUUAAUUGCCUUCAUGUUUCUCGCUCAAACAGUUCUCCGAGUUAUGGCAAUGGUUUGAUGUUCAAUGUGAUUAGCGGGGGUGAUGAUCAAGCCCUUCAUUGUCUUAGCUUCAACAUCCUCAGUAGUAGUAAUAAUCGAGCCACAAUAUCUGAAAUCAUGGAUCUAAACCAAACCCCAAGUUACAGAAUCAUGCUCACAGACCGUGGAGGUAUUGCAUCAGCUCAUAGCUCUGCCAUCAAAGGCGUGUGGAUGGACACGAACUGGGUGUUCUCGACAGGUCUUGAUCAACGUGUUCGAUGUUGGUUUCUCGAAAAAGAUGGUAAACUGAUCGAGCACGCUCAUAUAGUCAUCAGCGUGCCCGAGCCAGAGGCACUAGAUGCUAAAGCCAUUGAUGAAAACCGAUACCAAAUAGCUGUUGCGGGACGCGGGAUCCAAAUGGUUGAAUUCUCCGGUUAACAAAAGCUUGGUUCAGAACCCUGUUUUUGAUUCCAGUUUUUGAGUUUGAUCUGAGAACUGAGCUUUUGUCGGUGCUCUACUUUUUUUGUUUUUGGCCGAAGUCGGUGCUCUGCUAAAUUCUGGUAUGUAUCAUGUUUCUGAACCCAAUUUGAUAGUAACGUUAUUAUUGCUCAAGAUUUUGGUUAUGGAAUUGUGCCAAUGUGGGACCUUUAUGAGAGAAAUAUCAACACUUCACAUGACCUUAUUUAAUUCUAAUCAACUAAUUCGGCUGAUUAAUAGUAAUCAACUUCUUUACAGAUUUGAUAUCAUUUGAUGUGAUCAUUAAAUUUGUGAUACAUCCGUCAAAGUUCGAUUUAUAUAUAUAGUAGAUCAUAUACUAUUUCAUACAUAUAUAAUUGUUUAUGAGAAUUCGAUUUCAUUCUACGUUUUUGAUAAGAUUAAUAUUGUAACUACAGUAUUAUGUGACUUUCUUACGAGACGAAAGUUUACUGUUGUUUUUUUGUACUUGUCUCUGUUUUGAAUCACUUCUAAUAAUUGAAUCAAGAUAUUGCCCACUU